UUGAAGGGAACAGCGUUAUAGGUAUAUGAGUCGUUACCAAGAGAUAGUCGGAAGACCUGCGACGGAUGCUUGGUUGCAGAUAAUGCAGCCGGUACGCUUAAAAGAAUACAAGCAGGCUGACUUACAUGAGCGGGAACAGCGAGUAGGGGAGUUGGUUGCAGAUUAUGCUUGCGCGAGACACCGGCUCUUCGACAAGGCGUACGGUAACUGUCAUAGCGACGGCAAGACUCGCGACAGUUUGCUAAAGGGAGCGUUCAAGAGAGGACUGUUGGACAAAGUCAAGAGGCGGUUGCCACACUCUCCAGAGUCAUAUCAGGAUGUUCUAUUACAAGAUCGUCAGAUUGAAGCGGAGGAUCGGGCUAGCUUAGGCAAGUCAGAAAUCAGUUGUGGAAAGCUUAGUCGGCCGCCAAGGGACAGGAAGCUAAUAGAAGGGCAUGCUCCAACAAGGAGACUCGAAGCAAGGAGAAACAAAAAAAGGAGAGACAGAGACGACAAGAACUUCAAAAUUCGAUGUUUCAGGUGCAUGGCCAAAGCGGAUCACUACGCGUCCGACUGCCCAGUAUCAGAUGAGGACUUAACCCAGGCAUUGCUGGAGAUGGAAACUCAACCAGUAAAGGCGAAGCAAGGUGAUGCUAUCCGCCCAAUUGCUAAAGUCACCCUUGAUGAUGUCGUUGUAGAGGCGUUCCUGGACACGGGGUCGGAUGUCAGUAUUAUUGCAGAAGACGUUUUUCGUCGGAUUGACCCAAAACAUAAGGAAAGGAGGCCGUUCGACAAAAAAUUGGUCUAUUUCACCAGUGAGAGAUCCCAGUUUUAG